AUGUCACCUACUGUCAUUGCCAUAGUUCAAGGAUUUCAGCAGAGCAUGUUGUUCAGAUCGGUGCUUCCCAAUUUCAUCAAUGAAUUGACUGUUGAGGAUGUAAAAAGUCAUAUCAGGUAAUUGUAGUUGUGAAUGUAAUAGGUAAUGUACGUUCUCAGGUUAACACUGUAUUUAACUAUAAGGGUUACCUUAACCUGAUUCUUAAGCCGGUGACAUACGCCUAAACACUAAUUUGUUGAUCAAGUGUAACAUGCCUUCUUGAAGCACGUUUAAAUACGCCAUUCAACAUAUUUAACAAAAAUGUUCAACAAAUUCCAGCACACAGACAACUGGCACCCCAAACACAAAGGGGAACCUACAAAAUACAGUUCUUUAUACUUUAUCUAACAGCUAAUGUUAACCGGAUGUAGUUUGUGAACUCGGUUUGGCAAGAGUGCUGUUAAAUACCUUACUGACAGAGGCUAAUAGGAUAACGACGAUGACUGUGCGAUAACUGUUGUCACUUCGGCUUUAGGCUAAGCUAGGCUAGCAUGUUGCCGUGGAUGAAAAUGUGUCCAAUAUGUUAACAUUACAAUAAUUUCUUGCCUUUUCGAAAGAGAGUGCCGUUACGAAAUUGUGGGCUUUUCCCUCUGUGCUGUGGACGAGAACUGUACUAGACUGAAGCGGCAUGACUUGUGAUAAACUUGGAGGGCUGACACAAAUGCUUUUAACUGCUUUCUUAGAUGGAAUUGGGGUGGAAGUCACCCAACCCCGGACCAAAUACUAGAACUGUAUUCCUGGCAAUCUCCCAAACCAGUUAUCAGCCCCCUGAUUCAAGGCAUCCACUGUUUUAGUAGUAGCAAAAGAGGAGUAGACAUAAGCGCUUGUUGACCAACAACGCCCUCUUGAGAGACGUUGGAAAUUAUAAAAAAAAUAUAAGCCAGUCAUAAUUCUCACUGUUAUACAGGAUGUCAGGCAAUGGUCAUGGUGUUUACUAUUCUUCUGUGUAUUUUUUUGUUUAUAUAUCACAGCAUACUUCAGAAGAUUCUGGAGCAUGUUAUUACCGCUGUCCCUGCAUCUGGUCUGCAAGUAUUGCAAAUGGCAACAGAUCUUGCUCAUAAUCUAGUUAUGGGCUCUAAUGAGCUUGAAGCAAAGGAGAGCGGACUCUCAGCCAUAGAGUUCCUUUCAAAACUGUGUUCAAUCAUUGCAUCAAAGGUACUUAGGUCUAUCCCGUGAGUUAUUUGAUGAAAUUCCGCUCGUGUUAAAUUGUGUGAAGGUAUGUUAUGCGUAGUUGUUCAGACGCUAAAACAUUUUAUUGUGUGAUUUUUACCUUGUGUUGAAAAAUAAUACUAAUUCAAAUAAAAAGUAUGUCGUUUGAGCAUUUUAGUUUAUUUUGAGCCAGGCGUAAAACGUUUCUUCUCUGCUUGAUUGAUUAGGCCUUAUAUAGAUGCUUGUAUUUCCUUAUUUUUUAGGAAGAUUGUCUACAAGUUUAUCUAGUAUGCCCUCCAGCGGGAACGUUUUACAUGCAGCCAUUAGUUCAGGUAAAAUCGUCGUAGCAAUAAAAUUUGUCAGUUCUGUACUGUCGUAAAUAAGUAACAUAGCCUGCAUAUCCACGGCUGAUACUAUUUAAUUUUUAUUAUUUAUUCCUUGAGGACAUAGGAUAACGAUCGAGUUACGAGUCUGAGUUGAGUUAACUUGCGAUCAGGUUUUUUUAUAUAGAUGCUUGUAUUUCCUUAUUUUUUAGGAAGAUGGUCUACAAGUUUAUCAAGUAUGCCCUCCAGCGGGAACGUUUUACAUGCAGCCAUUAGUUCAGGUAAAAUCGUCGUAGUAAUAAAAUUUGUCAGUUCUGUACUGUAGUAAAUAAGUAACAUAGCUUGCAUAUCCAGGGCUGAUACUAUUUAAUUUUUAUUAUUUAUUCCAUGAGGACAUAGGAUAACGAUCUAGUUACGAGUCUGAGUUGAGUUAACUUGCGAUCAGGGUUUUUCGUCUGAUCGCAGGUUAGAGUUGCGUUUGAGCUGUGAUGAGUUAGGUUUGAGUUACCGUUUUGGGCGUUAUUUUUAAAACUCUGUGAAUGCAAAUGAUGGCAAAUAUCAUCGGGCGUUACAAAUAUCAAGUGCGUAAAUUCAAUUAUUUUUAUAUCUUACAAAAGGGAAAGGGUGUACACAGCCUUUCCCCAUCUUUGCCUUCAUCAAAAAAUCCCGCCGAUAAUCUUUGCCAUCAUUUGCAUUCACAGAGUUUAAAAGUUAGAAAAACUAGAUUAAAAGAUAAAAGUGAAAAAGUCUUCAGCGAGCUUCGUUCUACAGUUAGUAACGUUUUUAUAGAAGUACAGCUGGCCUGAUUUUGUGCCUUAGGGUGUAGGGGCAGGUAUCGUCUAGGCGCAGUGUUGGUAGAAGAGGAUGAAGAGGGUGUUAAGUCCUUAAUUUUGCACAUAUACUCCUCACAUAUCUUAUCUCUCCUGCACGCUGGGGUUUCCACCCGUGUUAACUCGAGGGCAUCUGAGUAGCCAUCAGCACACGGAAAAAUUAUCUUAAGAGCCAAUGCACAGAAAAAUCGAGCAAACCGUGGCCACAGCUCAAAACCUAACCUACCCUCAUUUUAAGUCUGUAAUAAGGUUUUAAUGAAUUUAUAACACUGCUGAGGUUUACUUUUCAAAAUGCGGCCGAAUUUGGGAAUUAUUUGAGAUUUUCGAUUUCAACGGUCUGCGGGCCUAAAAUUAGCCCCCGAACACGGCAAUAUAGCCUAGCGACAGAAAUGAGCUGACUUUCAUAAACGAGCGAAUAUAUCGCCAAUCUUCCACUUAAAUCUCAAAAAGCAGAUAUCUACCAAUUUCUGAAUGGCUUAUUUUUUAGAUUUAGAGUAUAAAAUAUCGACGAACCAGCAGAAUUUUGAAACGUAAUUUGCAUAAUGCUUAUAAAUACAACAAUUUACCGCUAAAACCAAAAUCGAAUUUUCUAUAUGGGGGAAUUCUCCAAAUCACCCCAAAUCCCGCUUACUGCCUAAUGAGAUACAGUACUUCAACAUUAUCUGAAAGUUAGUCUGGUGUUCUUACGAACGCUUGUAAAAUAGAUUGAUUAUUUUGAAGUUGUUUUGCCCCAAACAACUGCUAAUUGACCCCAGGGUCAAUUGACACGUGCACGUCACCUUAGUUUUAUGCAUCGAUUUGAGCUCGUUAAAAGGGAGAAACUAACAAGAUUCUUUUAAUAUGUACCUGUUUUAAUGAAAUACACGCAAUCUUCAAAAGGAGAGGCCGUUCAAUGGGUAAUUUCUGUUCUUGAGAUCUUGUAGAUUGUACCAUGGCGUCUGCGAGUGGACCUGAGUCUAGGUCUGUUUUCCCGUGACUGCGAAAUCAGAAUAACAUCAUGAAAUAAUUCUCUCUCGAACCUUCGUAAAUGAAUCAGCUUUGCAGUGCCUUACCUGAGAUAAAAAGUGGGCAGAAUAGGAAAACAUUCUAGCGCAAUUUGGAUCCUUUGCAGCACGCAGUGUAUUUGCUAAGCGGGUACGGUAUCAGUUACUCACCUCCGAUUGCGUGACCACGCAAUUAUAGAUUGUCUCCAGCGAAAAAUAAGUGCAUGUGAAACCAAAGCUUUCGGGAUACAGUAAAUUCAUUUUCCUGUAUGACCAGGUGUACUUUUGUCCUAUUUUAAAAGCGGUUAACUAAGAUGAUUAGCAAACAUACUGUCCUACUUUUAAAAAUGGUACAGUAACUGAAUGUUCUGUUCUUCUGAUUUUACCCCUAACCCCGGAGUGUUCAGAAGAUAUAUUUGCACUACGCAUGAAAGGCAAAUGGAUUAAAUUUUUAGGUUCAAGCCGGUUUUCAGGCAUGGGUUACCAGUGGAUAAGUCAGACUGGUCAUAAGGUACAUUGAACAGAAAAUUACAGGCAUGAUAUCUCUGCUAUUGUAUGUCCAUUAAGUGAUUUUCCAUCAAACAUUAUUUUUUUACUUUUUUACCCCAAAAGUUUUUUUCGUUCAAUUCUUAUCUAUGAGAUGUAAACUUAGUCAAAUUUCUGUAAUUUGUUGUUAAAUGCAAAUCUGCAAACAACUAAGUAUUUAAUUUUGCGUAAAAGCUACAUGAAAUUGUACUGUUUAGCCGUAAAUCAUUAAAAAGAGAAAGCAUCAUGCUUUCUCUUUUCAAGUCUAGUAGGACUUAAGCAAUGGCAUUGCGUAAGUCCUAGUAGUUCUUCUCCAUGUCUGCUAAGGGGGAAAUAGUUUGCUCUUUUCAAGAAAUUGUUCUUGCCCAUUGCGGUUUCAAACCAAGGAUAGCAGCAAGUCUGGCGUGGUCAUAUACUGCUACUUCAGUGCAAACGAAGCAUAGGCGCACAAGUCAGCGCUUGCGUUUAGUCAGGUGCCGAAAAUGAAGUGGAAACUUAACCUUAAGGGCGUCCAUGUUCGCUCCGGCUCGAAAAGGUAGAAUCAGUUGUGCAGUAAAAAGUAAUGCGAAAAACCUGCGGGGGCUGGGGAAAGAAAGGCGUCUUAUUUUUCUUUGGCUUGUUCUAUUUUCGCGACGUGCUACAAGUUACGAAAUACUUACAAGCUCAGUAUAUGUCUUCACCACCGAGAGUCACUUGCCCUUAGCCAGAUAAAGUUAUUUCGAAGCACAGAACCAAACCUAAUCAGCGGCCGAAGGCAGAAAGGGGGAUGAGCAAACGGAUGUCACAGCAUAUUUUGCAAGAAACCGGUAUCCUUGUGCCUAUCGGCUCAGGAACGAUUGAUUACUACUAGAAUUAAUAUCAGGGUCAGAAUUUGAGUGCUACAAUGGGAGGGUAGGAAGAAAAGAAAACCGCCGCGCGCACCCGUUAAGUCUUUUAUAAACUUUCUCGUCCUGACGGUCUCAAAGAAGGGCGUUGUGGCUGCUAUUUAAUUUACAGUGUCUGUUGCAGGAGUCGAAUUAAUCCUACAGCAACUGGAAACGUGGCCACGCCUGCUGAAACUGAGAUUGCUUGUAGGAUAUUCGGCUAUAGUUUGGUAUAUUCACGAGCGCGUUUUGUCCAGUGAACUGAGCGCGUAGUUUUUCUUAACGAAGGGAUGGGGUGGGUCAAGUGAAUAGUUCGGGGAACGUUUGCUCUCUUUAGGGGGCGGGGGGUAUAUUUGUUGAUAUCAGGAGUUCUGGCCUCGAUAGAGUCGUUGUAAAGCUAUUUUUGCUUCGGGGUAUCGGUUUACCGGAAGCUGAGCAAGGAAAAUUCAAUGGUACAUUUAUGGAAUAAUAAUAGAGAUUCUCAUGGUCUAACAGUGCGAAGAUUAGACUUCUGGUAAGGUGGCAACGAUCAAAGCCCGCUUUAUAAUUCAUGAUAAUUGAAGGUGAUGAUGUGGAAAAAGCGACUGAAAUGGUGGAUGCCAUGCAAUCCUCUCGGGUGGGGGCGGCGCACCUGGCCUUAACGGUUGCCCCUUCGACAUAAGGCAAGCAUGCCCAGAUUGUCCACGGGUUGCUAAAUGAGACCGUCCCUUUCUUAGUACCCGUUCCCUGUCUUUUUAUUAGACCCGGGCAAAUUUCUCGAGAUUGCACCAUCAUUUUGGGCUUUUAAGCUUCCAAAGUCCAACAAUAAUAGCGCAUGUUCGCGACGGUUUUUUAAGUCAGUCAAGUUCUUAAACCAGGCCUUAAACGGCCAGUUUUAAGUGUCGAUAACAGUUAAAAAGGCAUACAAGCCCCAUGCAAAAGACAGUGGGAAGGAAGUGCACAUCGGUGAUGGGGAAAAAGGACUAGCCCACAGUUAUUGAGGGGUGGAUCUUUCGAAACAUUCUUAUACUCUUGGACAGAUAUGCAUUGUUUAAAGUUUUAGACAAACCAGGUGUAAAUUUGUAGUAACAAACUGUUAAAUAUACAUCAGCAAAAUUUUUGCGUAUCCUAUUUAUCGCUGGAGACUAUCGUUUACUGGCUGGUCACGCAAUCAAAGGUAACGUACUUUCCCACGUUUGUUUACUGACCUUUCGCUCGGCAAUACACUGCGUUCCACAAAGGAUCCAAAUUGCGCUAGAAAUGUUUUGCUAUUUGGCCCACGUUUUAUCUCAGGUAAGGCACUGCAAAGCUGAUUCACUUACGAAGAUUCGAGAGAGAAUUAUUUCUUGAUGUUAUUCUGAUUUCGCAGUCACGGGAAAACAGACCCAGACUCAGGUCCACUCGCAGACGCCAUGCUGCAAUCUUCAAGAUCUCAAGAACAGAAAUUACCCAUUGAACGGCCUCUCCUUUGAAGAUUGCGUGUAUUUCAUUAAAACAGGUACAUAUUAAAAGAAUCUUGUUAGUUUCUCCCUUUUAACGAGCUCAAAUCGAUACAUAAAACUAAGGUGACGUGCACGUGUCAAUUGACCCUGGGGUCAAUUAGCAGUUGUUUGGGGCAAAAUAACUUCAAAAUAAUCAAUCUAUUUUACAAGCGUUCGCAAGAACACCAGACUAACUUUCAGAUAAUGUUGAAGUACUGUAUCUCAUUAGGUAGUAAGCGGGAUUUGGGGUGAUUUGGAGAAUUCCCCCAUAUAGAAAAUUCGAUUUUGGUUUUAGCGGUAAAUUGUUGUAUUUAUAAGCAUUAUGCAAAUUACGUUUCAAAAUUCUGCUGGUUCGUCGAUAUUUUAUACUCUAAAUCUAAAAAAUAAGCCAUUCAGAAAUUGGUAGAUAUCUGCUUUUUGAGAUUUAAGUGGAAGAUUGGCAAUAUAUUCGCUCGUUUAUGAAAGUCAGCUCAUUUCUGUCGCUAGGCUAUAUUGCCGUGUUCGGCGGCUAAUUUUAGGCCCGCAGACCGUUGAAAUCGAAAAUCUCAAAUAAUUCCCAAACUCGAACGCAUUUUGAAAAUUAAACCUCAGCAGUGUUAUAAAUUCAUUAAAACCUUAUUACAGACUGAAAAUGAGAGUAAGUUAGGUUUUGAGCUGUGGCCACGAUUUGCCGAUUUUGCUCGAUUUUUCUGUACAUUCGCUCUUAAGUGCCCUUUUUUGGAUUCAAUUUUGAAUCCAUACAGAAUUUAUUGGAUGCAGGAUAAAGGGUUACAAAUUGUUUACUAGUUAUCUAACAGCAGGACAACAAUUCGUGUUCUUUAAAAGUGUAAUAUCCCCGCCCCAGAAGGUCGUGAUUAGAAGGGGAGUUCGCAGAGAAGCAUUUUAGGCCCUCUCUAUUUAUCCUUUAUGUGAAUGAUAUGCAACGUGUUCUCCAAAGAGCCUCCACCUUUAUGUACGCCGACGAUUUAGUUAUUUUUACAUCCGGUCCAACUACAUUGAAGAUGUGCUCAAUUAUGAAUUUGAAAACGUCCUCUAGUGGCUUCAAUCCAACAAGAUGAUAAUUCCCGGCCAAACCAGUAUAUGUAUGCUUUUUGGAACUCACCAAAGGUUAGCUCGAGCCCCUAGUUCAACCAUCAGGAUUGGAAAUAAGACAGUAAAGUAAGUAUCCACGAACAAGUGCCUGGGGGUUCACCUCGACAGUGGUCUAACUUUCGAGGAACAUGUCAAUAAGAUGGCAAAGUAGUUCUCAUAGCAGCUGGGUGCACUCGGCAGGGUAAGACCCCACCUAACAUCAUCUGUAUCUAAUACUAUCUAUAAAGCCUUUAUUUUCCCUUCAGCAUCUGCGAGGUCGCGCUGGUGUUUUUUUGUGGCCGGCAGAGAACCAGGCUGACUUCCGGUUCAGUUCAUAGUACUGGACUCAUUUAGAAGAUUUUCGUGGGGAAAGCAUUGUUGGCUUUAGCUGCCGUUGAUUUUCACGUCCCCUUCUUCGUACAAAAAAGAGGCCGAGGUACAGCCAGGCCGUACUCUGUAGUUGUGCAGGACUCAAGCUGUCGGCCGGUCCGAGUUCGCCGCUGUCGAAGAGUUUCUUCAUCUGCUCUUUUAAAAUUGUUUUAUUGUGAACGACGCCGGCAAUUUUUCCCGUCUUUCUUUCUUUCACGAACGCCGGCGUCUAACACUUCAUUUGCUUGUGUAACAGCGGGAUCAGCGAUUAUGCAGAAAGGCUUAUUUUGCGGUGGAGAGCGGAGAAAGCGGUCAAUGGCGUCUCUUAUAGAUUUCAUAAGGUACCUUUGUAAAAAUCACUUCUUUCUGAUAGACUAAGCCCUUCAAACACGCAUUUAGCUCUUCUUUGCACAUUUCUUGUAAUGGUUUUGAAAACUUACUCCCCCAAGGACUUGCAAGCCAUUCUGAAAAUUUCAAAGGUAAUCUUUGUUUUUGUUGUUGUUGUUGAUGUUACAUCAGUACUUAGGGUCUUGACGCAUAGAAGAAUUAUAACUUCAGUUGUAAGGAAACUUCGGAGAUACUUACCAUUAAAUAAUUUCAAACCAAAAAGUUUGUUUGUUCCGUUCAAUUUCAGUCAUGUUUGUUUAGUUAAGGUAUCAUCCACCCUUAAGCACCCUCCCCGCGUUGAUCGGCGCUAGCGCUUUUGCUUUUAAUAAAUACCCCCAUAAACCGUACAUUUUCUGAAAGCUUAAUAGUUCCAGAUUAUUGCUUAUUCCUUUUAAAAAAUCAAAAUAUUAAUUCGAUUCAGAAAUGAAAAGCUUUUUGUGGAAGUGGGUGUCACUGUAAAUUUAAGUCGAGGCCAGCCAAAAAUAAAGAGAAGAAGCCAAUUAAGAUCACAUUCGCUUCUUAACACGUUUGACUUAAAAACCGUGUCUCAGAUUUUUGUCAAGUAAGUUUGUUCUUUUGUUAUAAACAGUUGAAGUUAGGGAUAACAAAUCAUUAGCACUACCUGUGAAAAAAUACUCUUACUCGAAAACGAAAAAAGAAAUCAAAAAUUCGCAGACAUGGUUUUUUAGAAAAACUAUCUGACAGUAAGUUGGCCAAAUUUCAGCCGAAUUGGUUUGGAGUUUAAAACGUACCCUCAGCUUGCCCUGAUUUUCAUUUCGAGAAAACAGGGGAAAAAGUUGCCUGCGUCGCAGACACUCUAAACCUUCUAUAUAGAGCGUCUGCGAAUUAGUGCACAAGAUCGUGUCCGAAUCCCGCAGAAUCGCAAGGACAUAUGUCGGCGUUUUUGAUUGGCUAGUUUCUCACGCAUUUUGUGAUUAGUCCGAUUUGAAGUAAGUGUUGACAGGCCAAACAUGACUCAUAGCUCUUGACAAGAAAGAUUGAGCUCGUGAUAGUGUGAAACGUGACCUUAGAGUAGCUUGAACAACAGAGGUUUUUCUUGCUCUCUUUUUGCGUAAUUUAUACAGUGCAUGGAGUAUUCUACAAUUUAACUGAGCAAAUUUACAAGAAAAUUCUGGCCUUGAAGGAAUUAUCUCAAAGCAUUUUUUUCUUCAGAAGACGGCUUUAAAGUUGGAACUGCUCUUUUAUUGUUUACUGUAAACGAUCCUUGCGAUCCUCUCCCUCUACAAUUCGGACUUUAAAAAAAAAGUCCUUCGUCCGAUUUUUAUAUUGCGCGGGACCUGUCGCGAAUUUGUCGCUUGCUUGGCUGCUUCGCGGCCUAAAAAGCUCGCUCCGCUCGCUAAGAAACUCGUGAACCUCGAUUUCGCGGAAGUUUCAAUGAUUUUUUCAGAAGCUUUGUCAUCAUUUAGCCAUUUUUCUUGAUUGUAGUAGGAGCCCUUGUCGCUCUCUGCUAAUUUCGAAGCCCACACUUUGCAAGACAAUUUUGUCGUCUUCAAGCUCUUUUUUCUUCUUUGGAGGCAUUCACUUCCAAAAUCCAGGGAAAAACAGUGAGCACUAUACUUGUAGACCACGUUUUCUGUCAAAUUGCGUGAUUAGCUUGGUUCAACAGCGGCAUGCGUAUCAAGUAUGACGGGACUUGUCAACGAUCAAUUAAAAUAAUCGGUAUUAUAUUGCUCGUAUCCUCCAAAUAUGGUAAGCCACAGCAAGUUAUUAGGAAUUAGCCUGUGGGGGAUUGGAGCCAACCGGAAACAGCGAAAUAUUUAUCUGACUUUGUGUGUUGAAUUUCCACCAAAAGUGUAUUAUCUUCCUGGCCCCGGUUAUUCAAAUGUUGGAUAGCAGUAUCGACCGCAAAAAUCACUAUCCAGUGGAUAAAUUCUAGAGAAACCAAUUUCGUUAUCCACUGGAUGGAGAUAUUACAUAACGUUAUCCACCUUCUCAUGGACGACUGGGAUCAGAUCUCUAGUCAUGACACCACUGGACGGGCGCACAUACUUGUUGGGUAUUGUUCAAGAGUACCCUGCGGGCAAUAUGUUGGCAAUAAUAUGACAGAGAGUCCAAGUAUGAACUAAAAUGUAGUCUUUUUAUUUGUGUAAGGAUUUUUCCUUCAGACCAUUGGAACGGUGUAGUUUUGAAAGGAGUUCAAAUAUUUACUUGUCAAAAGUCUUUUAAGUUACUUAAUCCCGAAUAAGAACCUGAAUGCGUAGGGAUGUUUAAGUGCAUUGAGCGUUUUAGCUCAGACCGAUAGAGUUUUGUUUUGCUCAAUAAGCUUUCAUGACUCGUCCUUUCCAGCCAGGCCAGCCUGUAUUCUUCAUGCAACAAAUGCGACCUCUCUGGCAGCCUAUGCAGCAGCUGCAGCAGAUGAGAACUUCAGGAAUGCAAGUUUCAGGGGAUGGGCAGAUUCCACGUGCAAAAGGCAUCCAUCAGGUGCCUCCCAGACAAAUGCCUGGACAGCAGCAGCAACUGCCAUGUAGACCAUCGUACAAGUCUCGGCAGCCACAGCCACAUCCAAGUACAGCGCCAAUGCAGCAACAAGAACGUCUUCAACCGCCCAUUUGCAUACCAGUAAGUUAGAAAAAUGUUGACACCAUUCAACCAAAUUCAACCGUCACUUUCUGGCCAACAAAUAAUUGAAUGGAAUAUAAAAAUAACCUCUUAAAGCAGUGGAGGAACAUAUAAAUAACACAGCAAAUACUAAACAAAAAUGCAUGAGCGGAAACACUGUCCUUUUGAGGGAAUUCGUUAUUUUGGGGUUCCACUGUUGUAGUACAAAAGUUUGGUCGAAUCUUUUUUACUACAAGAACCAUUGAUUUUACGACUUUGUUGUACGUUAAUUCUCAGUGAAGGUAUCUGAUUGCGAAGCUUUCAGUCUGUGCAUUUUAGGUUCCUUCAAAAAAGUAUUUCUGAUUUCUUUGUUUUGAUCUUGUUUUGUUUUACGAAAAUUGCUCAGGUACCUGUAGAAGGUAACGCAUUUCUUUUUAUCUCUGCAUGUCUUUACUGAAGGGACAAGAGCCACUCUACCGAAGUGUAAUGGCUCCAGUCUCCCUUGCAGAGUAG